CCUUUGUCUCUCACAGCAGUCGGAACUCCAGGUCCCGUCUUCACUCCUUUGGUUCUCCGCUCCUAGAAACCCAGCCUCUGUGGCCCCGUGACCUGCAAGCUUUGGGAGAUCCACAGCUAAGAUGCCGGGAUCCCCUGGAAGCCUAGAAAUGGGGUCGUUGACAUUUAGGGAUGUGGCCAUCGAAUUUUCUCUGGAGGAGUGGCAGUGCCUGGACACAGCACAGCAGGAUUUGUAUAGAAAAGUGAUGUUAGAGAACUACAGGAACCUGGCCUUCUUAGGUAUUGCUGUCUCUAAGGCAGAUCUGAUCACCUGUCUGGAGCAAGGAAAAGAGCCCUGGAAUAUGAAGAGACACAGUAUGGUAGGCAAGCCCCCAGUUCUGUGUUCUCAUUUUGGCCAAGACCUUUGGCCAAUGCUGGGCAUAAAAGAUUCUUUUCAAAAAAUGGUACUGACAGAAUAUGAAAAAUGUGGACAUAAGGAUUUACAGUUAAGAAAAGGCUGUAAAAGUGUGAAUAAGUUUAAUGUGCACAAAGAAAGUUAUAAUGAACUAAACCAGUGUUUGACAGCUAAAAGAAGCAAAACACUUCAAUGUGAUGAAUAUGUGAAAGUCUUUCUUAAAUUGCUAAAUUCAAAUAGACAUAAGACAAGACAUACUGGAAAGAAACCUUUCAAAUGUAAAAAAUGUGGCAAAUCAUUUUGCGUGCUUUUACACCUAAGUAAACAUAAAAGAAUUCAUAUUAGAGAGAAUUCUUACCAAUGCGAAGAAUGUGGAAAAGCUUUUAAUUGGUCCUCACACCUUACUAAACAUAAGACAAUUCAUACUGAAGAGAAACCUUACAAAUGUGAAGAAUGUGGCAAAGCUUUUAAACAGUCCUCGAACCUUAUUAAUCAUAAGAAAUUUUAUACUGGAGAGAAACCCUACAAAUGUGAAGAAUGUGGCAAAGCCUUUAGUGUAUUCUCAACCCUUACUACACAUAAGAUAAUUCAUACUAAAGAAAAACCCUACAAAUGUGAAGAAUGUGGCAAAGGGUUUAUCCUAUUCUCAUUCCUUACUAGACAUAAGAUAAUUCAUACAGGAGAGAAACCCUACAAAUGUGAAGAAUGUGGCAAAGCCUUUUCCUGGGCCUCAGCCCUUCGUACACACAGGAGAGUUCAUACUGCAGAGAAAUUUUACAAAUGUGAAGAAUGUGGGAAAGCUUUUAAGGAUUCCUCAACUCUUAAUAGACAUAAAAUAAUGCAUACAGGAGAGAAACCCUACAAAUGUGAAGAAUGUGGCAAAACCUUUUCCUGGGUCUCAGCCCUUCGUACACACAGGAGAGUUCAUACUGCAGAGAAAUUUUACAAAUGUAAAGAAUGUGGGAAAGCUUUUAAGGAUUCCUCAACUCUUAGUAGACAUAAAAAAAUUCAUACUGGAGAGAAAUUCUACAAAUGUGAAGAAUGUGGAAAAGCUUUUAAUCGGUCCUCACACCUUACUAAACAUAAGAUAAUUCAUACUGAAGAGAAACCUUACAAAUGUGAAGAAUGUGGCAAAGCUUUUAAACAGUCCUUAAACCUUACUAAUCAUAAGAAAUUUCAUACAGGAGAGAAACCCUACAAAUGUGAAGAAUGUGGCAAAGCCUUUACCCUAUCUUCAUACCUUACUGCACAUAAGAGAAUUCAUACUGGAGAGAAACCCUACAAAUGUGAAGAAUGUGGUAAAGCUUUUAACCGGCAUGCACACCUUACUAGACAUAAGAGAAUUCAUACAGGAGAGAAACCCUACAAAUGUCAAGAAUGUGGCAAAGGCUUUACCCUAUCCUCAUACCUUAGUAGACAUAAGAUAAUUCAUACAGGAGAGAAACCCUACAAAUGUAAAGAAUGUAACAAAACCUUUAAUGUAUUUUCAACCCUUAGUAAACAUAAGAUGAUUCAUACUGGACAGAGACCCUACAAAUGUGAAGAAUGUGGCAAAGAUUUUAAACAGUCCUCACACCUUACUAAUCAUAAAAUAAUUCAUACUGGAGAGAAACCCUACAAAUGUGAAGAAUGUGGCAAAGGCUUUACCCUAUCCUCAUACCUUACUAGACCUAAGAGUAUUCAUACAGGAGAGAAACUCUACAAAUGUGAUGAAUGUGACAAAACCUUUAACUAGUACUCAUAUCUUACUAAACAUAAGAAAAUUCGCACUGCAGAGAAACCCUAUGAGUGUGAAAAAUAUGGCACAGCCAUUAACUAGUCCUCAGUUCUUAAAAAAUGUGAGAUAAUUCAUACUGGAGAGAAACUCUACAAAGCAGAAACAUGUGUAAAAGUCUUUCAUAAACUUUUAAAUUCAAAUAGACAUAAGACAAGACAUACUAGAAAAAAACCUUUCAAAUGUAAAAAAUGUGAUAAAUCAUUUUGCAUGCUUUUACACCUAAGUCAACAUAAAAGAGUUCAUACUGGGGAGAAUUUGUACCAAUGUGAAGAAUGUGGCAAAGCCUUUAAGUGGUUCUCAACCUUUACUAGACACAGGAUAAUUCAUACUGGAGAGAAACCCUUCAAAUGUGAAGAAUGUGGCAAAGCUUUUAAGCAGUCUUCAACCCUUACUACACAUAAGAUAAUUCAUACUGGAGAAAAACCCUUCAAAUGUGAAGAAUGUGGCAAAGCUUUUAAGCACCCCUCAACCCUUAGUACACAUAGGAUGAUUCAUACUGGAGAGAAACGCUACAGAUGUCAAGAAUGUGGCAAAGCCUUCAGCCGGUCCUCACAGCUUACUACACAUAAGAGAAUCCAUACUGGAGAGAAACCCUACAAAUGUGAAGAAUGUGGCAAAGCUUUUAACCGAUUUUCAUACCUUACAAAACAUAAGAUAAUUCAUACUGGAGAGAAAUCUUACAAAUGUGAAGAAUGUGGCAAAGCCUUUAACUGGUCCUCGACACUUACUAAACAUAGAAGAAUUCAUACUGGAGAGAAACCCUACAAAUGUGAAGAAUGUGGAAAAGCCUUUAGUGUGUCUUCAAACCUUACUACACAUAAGAUGACUCAUACUGGGGAGAAACCCUACAAAUGUGAAGAAUGUGGCAAAGGCUUUAGUUGGUCCUCAACCCUUACUAAACAUAAGAUCAUUCAUACUGGAGUGAAACCUUACAAAUGUGAAGAAUGUGGCAAAGCUUUUAACCAAUCCUCAAACCUUACUACACAUAAGAUAAUUCAUACUGGAGAGAAAUCUUACAAAUGUGAAGAAUGUGGCAAAACUUUUAGCCAUUCCUCAAUCCUUACUACACAUAAGAGAAUUCACACUGGAGAGAAACCCUACAAAUGUGAAGAAUGUGGCAUAGCUUUUAACCGAUCCUCAAAACUUACUAAACAUAAGAUAAUUCAUACUUGAGAGAUCUACAAAUGUGAAGAAUGUGGCAAAGCCUUUAACCAAUCCUCAACUCUUACUAAACACAGGAAAAUUUAUACUGAGAAGAAACCGUACCAAUGUGAAGAAUGUGGCAGUGCUUUCAAGCAGUCCUCAUAUCUUAUUAACAAAAUAAUUCAUACUGCUGAGAAAAAUCUAAAGUGUGAAAAAUGUGCCACAGCCUUUAACCAAUCUUCAACUUUUUAUUCUUUGAGACAGAUAUACUCAGGCCAGGCGCGGUGGCUCACGCCUAUAAUCCCAGCACUUUGGGAGGCCAAGGCGGGUGGAUCACGAGGUCAAGAGAUCGAGACCAUCCUGGUCAACAUGGUGAAACCCCGCCUCUACUAA